UCUAAAAGAAACCAAGCUACAGUCAACCUUUUCAGGCCAGAGGAGAAGCCAUCUGCAAUGAAGAAUAAUAUUAGCUCGAUGCCGCCACCUCCUCAUCCGUUUUGCAGCUCCGCAGUGGCGGAAGAGAAAGUAGAUACAAGUGAUUUGAGAGUGAAUAAAAAUAAUGGAGGUGUGAGGCCCCAAGUUGUGGAGAAGAAACCUGCAGCAACAAUGACGACCACAAGAAGUAAGCUAGAGGGUAAGCCAUCCAUGGACAUAAACGAAAGUGCAGAGGCAUUCAUCAAGAAGUUCAGGAAACAACUGUUGAUUCAAAGGCUUGAAUCCAUUGAGAACUACGAGCAGAUGCUGGCUAGAGGGCUGUAACGAUUAAUUAUUAUUAUUAUUAUUUCGUUUGUUAAUGUAAUUUGUUUCCUCUCUUUUAUGUUUUAGAGGGUCAAGCAUUUGUAAGGAUCAAAUAAACUGUAUUAUUUCGAGCAUAUCUAUAUAUGAAGUUGAUUAAAAAAGAAUCGAAGCUCAUCUUCUUAUUACUCUUUCUGCUCAUUCUUUAUUUUCAUAGUUACACAGUUUUCUCAGUGAUUAUUGUCAUAAAAGGGAAAUAUGUGGGGACUUAUGUAUGGAGGAUUU